GUUAAAGUAUCACGAGGUUUACGGAUCAAUACGGGAUUAAUGGAAGAUGGCGGAGAAAAUGAAAGUCAAUCUGUUCCUACCGUUGUCAUGAUGAAUGGAGAUAUAUCCGACGAAGAGGAUGAGGAAGGAGUCCCUGAUCCAGAGACUGGGUACAUCUUAUUACCAAUGAAUCUCUCCAGUGGAGAGGAUGAAGAAAAUGGCGAAGAGGAGGUAGUACAAGAGAACUCUGAGACACUCUCUCCUGCCUCUGCUAUUGAAGUUGUACCUCAGUCAGUUUCAUCCCCUGACGAAAGAAGCAGCAGCUCCGAUCCGCCAAUGGAGGAAUCACAAGCAGAGGCUAUUAGGCAAGCAAUGACAGGAUUAUCUCUAAGUAUUGCUCCACCAUCUUGGGCUCAGAACCUUCCGGAAGAUGUGUGGAAGCAAGAGCUACUGGAUGGUAUCAGAAAACAAAAACAAUGAGACUCGAUGUAUAAUUAUUUUUAAUUUAUCUAAAUAAUUUUAAUAUUGAUGAAAUAAAACAAGCACUU